AUGGGUCGCACCUGCGAUGCCACAUCUGCGGAAAAUCCCUCCCAGGUGCGGAAAUCACUUAAGAUGGCUGGGCCCGCAUCUGCGACAGUGGGGGACGCACCUGCGCGUGCGGGCCUGCGGAACACUGUCCGCUUCUGCGGUCUUCCUCCGCGCCUGCGAAUCCCUGGGCGUAUCUACGGGCAUCGCAGAUGCUGGGGGCCGCACCUGCGCGUGCGCGCCUGUGCAACACUAUCCGCUUCUGCGAAAGUUGAUCCUGACGGUUAUAAUGCUGUUAAGAACUUUAUGAUGCAUGGACCUUGCGGAGAACUGGAUCCACACUGCCCAUGUAUGAGGCAAGGAAACUGCACGAAGCAUUUUCCGAAGAAAUUCAAUGAUCGAACAACUUUUGAUUCAGAUGGAUUUCCUAUUUAUAAGAGAAGGAACACAAGUACUCAAGUCAAGAAAAAUGGUGCCAACUUAGACAAUAGAUAUGUUGUCCCUUACAAUCGGGAUUUGCUUGUCAAAUAUGAUGCACAUAUAAAUGUCGAAUUAUGCAAUUACUCAAGGUCUGUGAAGUACCUGUUCAAGUAUGUUCAUAAAGGGUCUGAUAGAGCAACAGCAACUAUAGAAUCUACCAAAACUGGUGCAGAAAAUGAUGAGAUAAAAAAAUAUCUAGACUGCAGAUACAUAUCAGCUAUAGAAGCUUGCUGGAGGAUCUUUAAAUUUGACAUACAUUAUAGAAAGCCGGCAGUUGAGCGUCUGCCUUUCCAUUUAGAGGGACAAAACACAAUAAUAUUCGAAGAAGAAAAGCGAGCAGAAAGCGUGAUUAGCAGACCGGACAUAAAAAAAAUAAAAUUCACAGAAUGGUUCAAGGCGAACAAAAGAUAUGAUGAUGCACGAGAGCUGACAUAUUCUGAUUUUCCUACGCAUUGGGUCUGGAAUGCAAAAGACAAAACUUGGAAUAGAAGGCAAAGUGGGAAGGCAGUUGGUAGAAUUUACUUCGCACAUCCUGCAAGUGGAGAACGUUUUUAUAUGAGAAUAUUGCUUAACUUUGUGAAAGGAAGCACUUCGUUUGAAAGCAUAAGAACAAUAAAUGGAGAUAAGUAUAAAAAUUAUAGAGAUGCAUGCUACGCGUUAGGAUUAUUAGAUGAUGAUAAAGAGUGGAAUGACUGCUUAGUAGAGGCUGCACUUUGGGCGAUAGAAAAUGAGUUGAGACAUCUAUUUGUAACGAUACUUAUUCACUGUCAGGUAUCUGAUUCAAGAAAGAACAACUGUGAAAUUUUAUCAAAAGAUAUAAUAUCACUGCAGAGGAAGAGAUUUCAGUUGAAAAAUUUACAACUAACUGAAAAACAAGUAGAAGCAUAUACGUUAUUUGAGAUUGAAACCAUACUAUUAAAGAUGGGAAAAAGUUUGAAAGACAUAGAUGGAAUGCCACUUCUAGAUUCUGUGUUACUGCGAGAUGUCAGAAACCGUAUGCUCAAUGAGGAGCUAGACUAUGACAAAGAGGAGCUAAAAAUACUGCAUGACAAAUCAUUCGCUCUCUUAAAUGAUUGCCAAAAGUCAGCUUGUGAUGCAAUAAUAACAUCAGUCGAGAAUGAACAAGGACGAUUAUUUUUUAUAAAUGGACAUGGUGGUACUGCUUUGUUAUUACCAAAUGGUUGGACCGCUCAUUCACGCUUCCAUAUUCCUUUGGACGUUACUGUAGAAUCCAUUUGUGAAAUAAAACAAGGCACCCAGUUAGCUGAACUUCUCAACAGAACUUCUUUAAUCAUCUGGGAUGAAGCCCCCAUGGCAAAUACGUUAUAUUUUGAAGCAUUAGAUAAGACGUUAAGAGAUAUCCUGCGAGUCAGGUAUGAAAAUAGCUCUGACAAACCUUUUGGAGGCCUUACAGUCGUAUGUGGUGUUGGAAAUGGAUCCUUUUACGAUGAUAUUAAUAAGGAGCUCAUCAAAUUGCCUUCUGAUAUAUGCAUGAAAUCAUCUAACGACCCAAUCGGAUUGAUUGUUGAGGCAGUUUAUCCAUCUCUCCUACAAAAUUACAAUGACCCAGUAUAUCUGAAAGAAAGAGCAAUACUAACGCCAAAAAUUGAUAUGGUAUAUGAGUUGAACGACAGAAUUCUGAAAAUGAUACCAGGUGAAGGAAGAACAUAUUUCAGCUCUGACAAUAUAUGCAAAGCGAGCGUGAACACUAACGAUGAAGAACUGUUGUACCCAACCGAAUUUCUAAAUAGCUUAACAUUCCCUGGUAUCCCUAAUCAUGACAUACACUUAAAAGUAGGUACCCCAGUUAUGCUUCUCAGAAAUCUAAACCAAACAGAAGGCCUAUACAAUGGAACAAGAUUAAUUGUCAUGCAUCUUGAAAAUUGGUCUAUUACCGCAAACAUCAUGUCCGGAAAGAACGUUGGUUCGAGAGUCACAAUUCCAAGAAUCAUUAUGUCUCCUAACGAUUCAAAGUGGCCAUUCAAGCUUAAGAGAAGGCAGCUCCCUUUGGCGCCAUGUUUCGCCAUGACAAUCACUAAAAGUCAAGGACAAUCUCUUAACCAUGUCUGCUUGUAUCUUCCGAAGCAAGUAUUCACCCAUGGUCAAUUAUAUGUGGCUGUUUCCCGAGUAACAACAAGACAAGGAUUAACCAUACUAAUUAAAUGCUGA